AUGUGUAAACAUCAGAAAGAUGUUAGUGCUGUAUUGAUAUUGGAAACAGGAUACAAUGUGUAUCAACACAUGCGGACUGCUCAUAUUUACAAACUUAUAGAAAGAUGGGAGUUAAUAUCUUCACAAGAAAACUGGUUAUUGUUUUUGUGCUCUGUUCAUGUAUUUGUAUUAAUGUUCAUGUUUUAUUCUAAUUUGGAUAUAUCUCAGAAUCUGCUUAGCAAGCCACUGACUACACUUAUUGAGUCUAAAAAUGAAAAUCUUGAAAGUAAAAAAGUAUAUUAUGAAAAGGAAACGAAUAAAACAAAACCUACAACGGCUGUCUACAGACACGGAGAGGUGAAAAAAGGACUUAAGUAUCCUGUCGAAAUGCAACCCAAUUUGACUGAACUUAUCAACUGGACACAUCCAGAGUAUCCUAUGAACGUUACAUAUCUAACUGAGAAUGAGGAACUCUGUUCAUCUGUGAAAAAUUUGACCGUGCUUGUGGUAGUGAAUUCAGCAACAGACCACUUUGAUCAGAGGCAAGCUAUAAGGAAAACUUGGACUAAUGAUACGUAUUAUUCUCAUUUGGGCACCGUCAGGGUUUUAUUCCUUCUUGGUAGAAACGUAAACCCAUCUGUUCAAGCAGGUGUAGAAAAGGAGUUUAAAAAAUACAAAGAUGUAUUACAGGGAGAUUUUAUUGACGCUUACUUAAAUCUUACACACAAGGUUGUAAUGGGAUAUAAAUGGCUAACGGAACGUUGUCGAAAUGCAAAAUUGAUUGUGAAAAGUGACGAUGACUUUUUAGUGAAUAUAUUCAUCUAUUUUCGGAAUCUUUACACGUCGAUCUUGCCAACAAAUGUUUACUGUGACUAUAAAGCCGGUAGAAUUUUCAGAAAUAAAAAAGAUAAGUGGUAUGUCAGUGAGAAUCAUUUCAGGGGUGAGAAAUUCUACAAACCAUUUUGCAAAGGGAAAUUUGUUAGUAUGACAAAUGACAUAAUGCCGUCUUUGUACAAAUCAGCAACUAAAACUCCCUUUUAUCCCUAUGAUGAUGUGUUACUGUUUGGUUAUGUUAUGCAUAAUGUACAGGGGCUAAAGUACAAAACACUUGAAGAAAAAGACAUGGAAACCAAUAAUUAUAGGGCCAUGAAAUGUUUGAAAGAACAAAGGAAAAACUGUAGUAACUUUAUUAUCGGUGCAACUGGUGGAAAAGAAAUGAGGGACACGUGGUUUACGAUUUUAUAUUUUAAAGCACUUUAA